AUGUACGCAUGCUAUAGAGGUGGUGCCCACCACAGUUUGGGUCGGCUGAAGUACGUUUACCGGAAAUGUGAGUUAUCAACAACUGAACGGCCGAAGAGCAAUCUUUUUAAGCCGACGGACGCAGAUGGGCUGCGGAAAGGCACUGCUGAUCUUCAAACUGAGCUUGCAGAUGCGUUGAGCUACUCCAGCGAGAUUAUAGAGAAGGCAGUAUCGCAAAGCCAAGUUGCUAUCGAGGCAAAGCGCAAGAAGGAGAACGCACUGGCGGAACAUCUCAAGAUACCGCCAUCGAUACAGGGUGCUCGACUAAGCAAGAAACGGAAGAAAUACAAAGAAACAGCAUUCAGUCUGUCAUCUAAGCGAUCUAGGCACGUGACUAUCAAUGGCGAUGGAUCAUUGGUGAAUGACAGUAAUGCCAAAGUGGCUCCCGAGGUAAAGCCCGCUCGACUGGUUAGUGGACUCAAUAGGGUUCUGUAUCAACCUGUUACGCUACAUUCCUUGAGGGACUCGAGGACUGGCGUAUAUAAUUUCGAUUCCAGCCUGGAAAAGAUAACGCCCGACUAUCUCGAGUCCAAGCAAGACUCCAACGGAUUCGUGACACCUUACAAGGAUCAAAGACUGCUGGAGCUAGCUCGGAAGUUUGAGAGAAAGUAUGUUUCGUCCACCAGUUCAAUGACUUCGGCGCUGUCGCAUUUGCAUUUUCUUUUGUCCAAUUUCCGACCGCUGAAUAUAGUCAACUCUCCCAUAUCAAAGCACUUUCCGCAGAAGAACUGUCGGUUUACUCAAGGAGCCCAGUUUCCUGCGACCAUAAUAUUGCGGAAAUUGAACAGGAAGGUCAGGUCAAUAGACUCUGACCGAAGUUUGGACAGGGAGAUUAUUCUCUCUGUUUUGGGACAUUCAUUGGAGGAAUUUCUCACAGAGAAAACACCACAGCAGGAGGAAUCAUAUCACUACUCAAAAAUUGAUGAGUUCGUUCUAAGGUCACAGUUGGAUGCAUACGAUGAUAAUCUGCCUGGCACUGGUGUCUUUGAUUUGAAAACUAGGGCGGUAGCAGCUGUUCGACAUGAUUUGUCAUAUGUCGAAAAAAAUAACAAUCAUACCGGUUAUGAAAUUGACAAGGUUUAUGGUGAGUUUGAGUCCCUGGAGCGUGAAUUUUUUGAGUUGAUAAGGAGCACACUGUUGAAGUACUCGCUGCAGGCCAGGAUUGGUAAGAUGGAUGGGAUAUUUGUUGCUUAUCAUAACAUUUCCAGGAUGUUUGGAUUCCAGUACCUGCCCUUGGAUGAGAUCGAUUACAUCAUCCAUUCUAGUCAUGACUCGGCAUUUUGGCGCGCUCUGGAACGGCGUAACGAAACCUUUAGGCAAAUUUAUGGCGAUGAGAGCUUUAUCACGUCUUAUCAAAGAAAAGAACGUAAGAUUGCCUCCCAAGUCGCCGAUGCCGAGUUCAAGAUGUCCAUAAUACUGUUGAAAAACAUCCUCACUUAUAUUGAAGAUAAGCUGAAGUCGCACAACGUUAAGGACUGGAAAAUGUGCAAGAUAAUGAUGAAAACCAAAGAGGUCACCAAGACGAGAGCCAAUGGGCAGCAAUUCAACUUUCCUGUAAUGAAGGUAAUGGCACUGGCUUUGCCAUCAAACUACGCUGACAUGCCAUUGGUUACAAAAAACAAGACUCAAGAGGAGAUACUAGAGCAAAUUGAUGCGAUACAAAAGUACAACGAAGAAUUAUCGACGUCGCAACUGGAUUCUAUGAUAGGAUUCGAAGUCAGGGUCGAUCAUUUCUACAAAAGUCACCCUGAUAGUGUUCAUCUACCUGCUUUCGCCAGAGUAGAGAAUAAUGUUUUGGAUGUGAAGACAUGCCACAUGAUUUCAUCAAAGCUUUAUGAGGAUUAUUACCAAGACCCAAGGAAAUACAGGAACCCAAGCUUUUUCCACGCAAAAGAUGUUCAAACCUGGAGAACAAUGUGUAAAUUCAGAGACAUUGAGAUUAAGAGUGAUUUGAAAAAGCUGUACAACGAGCUGCUAGAUGAAAAAUUGCAGUCUCUAAGGGAUCAGACAAUCGUAAAGGAAACUGCCACCAAGCCCAACGAGCGAGAAGCGAUAAUGCAAAGGUUGAAAAUCGUGUGUACUUCAAAUAACCGGAAGUCCCAAGAUCUGAAAUGCGAUCAAUCAGCGGCGGAUGCUCCCUCUCAGUUUCAAGCCAAGCUAAGAGCCUAUGCGAAGAAAGGAAUGAUUCGAAGAAAGCAUAUGGAUGCUUUGGAAAGACAGCGAAUUGGUCAGGUCUCACAGGCCGGAUGA